UGGUGAGGUCUGGCUUUGCAGAAUAAGGAGCGAGGAAGAAGCUCUUGAGUUGGUGACAGCCAGCCUGUGUCUGUUGCUAAGGUUCCCGGCAUGAUGAGGCUGGCCUGUGACCGCACAGGGACACUAGGUACUCUAGCACCUAUGUGUCCACCGCUUCCCGUCUUCCAGCUUUCACUCCCAACCAUGAGUUUUCUCUCUGCUCGCUUCCCCUCCUUCCCCUCCCAAAUCCCCACUAGGUCAUUUUGUUGUUGGAGGGCCAAUGAGUGUGCCUGUUGCUUCUGGAGGCUCCGAGCCCUGCCACAUCCAGCCCUUACCAAGCAGGUCCCGCUGCAGCAACAGCGACACCUCAAAUGCUCUCCUGAUCCAGCCACCUGCCCUGCACAGAGACGCUCAUCCACCUGGGGCUUCCGGGAGCCCCGCGAAGCCCACGGUGGCCUCAGCACAGAGGGCCUGGGAGACCCCUGGACUGCGCAGCCCCAAGGCACACACAGUCUUCUGGCUCUCAGGCUCCAGGGCUCUGAGGUGCCUCUGGAGUCGACUCCGAAGCCCACAGGCAGCGCCCACAGAGUCGGAGAAAGGGAGCAGGCCGCAGUGCAGAGACUGCGACAGUCUGCGCGCUCGCCUGUCGGAUCGUGCGCCCUCCCCCCAGGCCCGGGCGAUGGCGCUGGCGAUGCUGCGGGAUUGGUGCAGGUGGAUGGGCGUGAAGGCUCAGCGCGCUCUGCUCAUCCUGGGCAUACCGGAUGACUGCGAGGACCAGGAGUUCCUGGAGGACCAGGAGUUCCAGGAGGCCGUGCGGGCAGCCCUGCGGCCCCUGGGCCGGUACCGAGUGCUGGGCAAGGUCUUCAGAAAGGAGCUGGGGUGCCGGGUGGCCUUGGUCGAGUUUGCCGACAGUUUCAACAGAAGUUUGAUCCCCCAGCAAAUACGAGGCCGGGGGGACCGUGGACUGUGGUCUUCCUGCCCCAGGCUCCUGACUCGGAGUCACAGGAGAGACCCAAUUCCCCUGCACAGGCCCAGAGACAAGCAGUGGCUGGCGGGGCAGGUGAGGCAGGAGUCCUGGGCGAGGUAG